CGAGAACGCGGUCACCGGCGGCAGACAGUUUGAGGUCGAAGCCUUUCAGGGUGAGACGACAACCGAGAACGUCGCGUCUCGGGCAGGUACGAUUUUGAUCCGGGCUGAACCAACACCGUGAGUGAGUGUGUGCGUAUCGAUUUUUGUUUUUUUUUUUGCGUUCCUGGGGGAGUGUUAUCGUGAACCUUUUGCGAAGUUGCCAGCAUGAAUCCCAUUCCGGUCAGCCGCACGGUGGCUACGUUCAUAGUUUCGUUAGUGCUGUUGCAAUGUGGCAGCACCCACAAGCUUCCCGCAGAGACUGCAAGCGCCAACGCAGCGCCUGAUGCGCCCGAGCAGCCCUCAGUGCGAGCCAACGACGCACCAGCACAACCGGUGAAGUACGAUGGCGCUCAGCUGUGGCGCAUCGCGUACGACGAUCAACCGAAGAAGAACGCCGUCGCCGAGCUGCAGGAUCGUUUCGAUGCAUCCAUGUGGAACUACAACGCCACCUCGGUGGACAUUUUCGUGCGGGGCCAGCAGCUCAAGAAGGCGGAGUGCUUUCUCCGGGCGGCCAACAUCCCGUACGAGGUCGUUAUCGAGGACAUGCAGCGAGCCAUCGACACGGAAAACCCAUCGUUAGAGGAGACGGAACUGUGGGAAAACCGUAACGGACACCGCAUGACGUGGACGGCCUACCACCGCCUGGCGGACAUCUACGACUGGAUGGACUACCUAGCCCAAACCUACCCGGACCUGUGCAGCACGAAAGCGAUCGGCAAGAGUGUGCAGGGCCGCGAGCUGAAGGUCCUGCGCAUCUCGAACGGCAACCCGACCAACCGGGCGAUCUGGAUGGACGGUGGCAUUCACGCGCGCGAAUGGAUCAGCCCGGCCACGGUCACGUACAUCGCGAACGAGCUGGUCGAGGACUGGGACAACCAGCCCGACCAUCUGCGCAACGUCGACUGGUACGUGCUGCCGGUGCACAAUCCGGACGGGUACGAGCACUCGCACCAGUACGAUCGGCUGUGGCGCAAAAACCGGGGCGGCCUGCAGUACGGGCCGUGCGCGGGCGUCGACCUGAACCGCAACUACGGCUACAAAUGGGGCGGCCAGGGCACGUCCAAGCAGCCCUGCUCGGAGAUCUUCGCCGGCUCCGGCCCGUUCUCCGAGCCGGAGUCGAAGGCGGUCAGCGAGUUUAUGCAGUCGUCGGCGGCCGACUGGAAGGGCUUCCUCACCUUCCACAGCUACGGCCAGUACAUCCUGUACCCGUGGGGGUACGAUCGGGUCGUGCCGCCGGACCACGCCGACCUGAAGCGGGUCGGCGACGCAGCCGCGGAGCAAAUGUUGCAAGCCAGCGGUGGCUCGCGGUACACGGUCGGGCCGUCCGGCAGCACGCUGUAUCCGGCGGCCGGCGGGUCGGACGAUUGGGCCCGCGGUGCCCUCAACAUCAAGUACGCGUACACGGUCGAGUUGCGCGACACCGGCCGGUAUGGGUUUGUCCUGCCCGCCAACCAGAUCAAGCCGACCGGCGACGAAGCCGUCGCGUUCGUUGACAUCAUUGCGCAGGAGGUAGCCAAAUUGUAAAGCCCGGUGGGCCACCCCAACACAUACCCAUACUCCCACCCAGACACACACACACAGAUAUACUUAAGAAAAAGGCUGAAACAAUAAAUCUAAUAGACAAGUGAAAUAACGCUGUCUCA